AUGCACUUCUCCCACGCGCUGGUUGCCCUCGUUGCUGCCGGCCUAGCCAACGCCCAGCUUCCCGACGUCCCCGAGUGCUCGCUCAACUGCUUCGUCGAGGCCCUGACCGGCGAUGGCUGCUCGAAGCUGACCGACUUCUCCUGUCACUGCCAGAAGACGGAGCUGGUCAGCACCGUGACGCCCUGCGUCAAGAAGGCGUGCGAGGUUGCCGACCAGAUCGCCGUCUCCAAGGCAGUGGUUUCCCAAUGCUCGUCUGCCGGCCACCCCAUCGUGGUGCCCCCGGUUGAGACCGGCUCUGCCUCCUCCGACAGCAGCUCCACGACUGGGUCGAAUAGCACGCCUGCAGAGACCACCGCCACGGCUACUACCCUGCCCGGCGGCUCCGUCACCGUCCCGCACCCAACUGUCCCUUCGCCUACGGGACACACCUCGCACUCGGGCAGCUCGACCCCACUGAAGCCCACCAAGACCGGUGGUUCAGGCUCUGGUGGCUCGGGCUCUGGUUCUGGUUCUGGCUCCGGCACCGAGUCCAGCCCUGGUGCCAGCACCUCGGCCUACAACGGCGCUUCCUCCAACAAGGGCAACCUGGCUGGAGUGGCCGCCGUUGCCGCUGCUGCUGCUUACCUGCUGUAA